GUGGCUGUGAAUGUGACGAUUAUGUCAUAAAACACAGAAAAUAUGUUGUACAUUAAAAUACAAACACCUGUCGGAGGAGGAUGUGUCGGAAACGCCAUUCCAAAAACUCAAACAAAGGAAGGCAGACUAAAAAUUCCAGGCUGCUAUUUAUUCAUCAUUAUCCACCUUUUCUUCUGUCUCGUUACCCCUGCCCUCUCCAUUCAUGCGGAGUCUGUGGAGAGUGAGUUCAGCUGUGAGCCCAUCAGACUGAGAAUGUGCCAGGAUCUGCCUUACAACACCACCUUUAUGCCCAAUCUUCUGAACCAUUAUGACCAACAAACAGCUGCACUGGCCAUGGAGCCAUUUCAUCCAAUGGUCAACCUCGUGUGCAGCGCUGACUUGAGGAUGUUCCUGUGUGCCCUGUAUGCUCCGGUGUGCACAGAAUAUGGCCGCUUGUCCAUGCCGUGUCGGUCCAUCUGUCAGCGUGCCAAGGGGGAGUGCCACAAACUCAUGGAGGUAUUUGGAGUAGCGUGGCCAGACGACAUGGAGUGUAGCAGGUUCCCAGAUUGUAACAAACCCUAUCCUCGUGCAGAAGACCUUCUAACAAGUUCUGAACCCACUGACCAGUCAUCCAAGACCGUCCAGAGGGAUUACGGUUUCUGGUGCCCCCGAGAGCUCAAGGUUGACCCAGAUCUGGGUUAUACUUUCAUGGGAAAGAAGGACUGUUCUGCUCCAUGUCCCUCAAUGUUCUUCAGCCAGCAGGAGCUGGCCUUCACCCGAUACUUCAUCGGAGUCAUCUCCAUUGUUUGUCUGUCUUCAACACUGUUCACCUUUCUGACCUUCCUCAUUGAUGUCACAAGGUUCCGAUAUCCAGAACGGCCAAUCAUCUUCUAUGCUGUUUGUUAUGUCAUGGUGUCGCUGGUCUUUUUCCUGGGCUUCCUUCUGGAGGACAGAGUAGCAUGCAAUGCAGUCAGCCCUUCUCAGUUCAGAGCUUCGACCAUCACACAGGGUUCUCACAACAAGGUGUGCACACUCUUCUUCAUGGUGCUGUAUUUCUUUACCAUGGCUGGCAGCGUUUGGUGGGUCAUUCUGACGAUCACUUGGUUCCUGGCUGCGGUGCCUAAAUGGGGCAGUGAGGCCAUUGAGAAGAAAGCCCUCCUCUUCCACGCGGUUGCCUGGGGUCUACCAGGGGCUCUGACUGUCACCCUGAUGGCCUUGAAUAAAAUUGAGGGAGAUGGGAUCAGCGGAGUGUGUUUCAUAGGCCUGUAUGACAUCGAUGCCCUGCGGUGGUUUGUCCUGGCACCGCUCUGCUUCAACGUGGCGGUCGGCAUCUCCCUGCUUUUAGUGGGAAUUGUUGCUCUGAAUCGUGUACGCAUGGAGAUUCCUCUGGAGAAGGAAAACCAGGCCAAACUGGUCAAGUUCAUGAUUCGAAUGGGAGUGUUCUCUGUGCUCUACCUCAUUCCACUGUUGACUGUGAUUGGUUGCUACAUCUAUGAACACACCUACCGGAAAAUCUGGGAAACAACAUGGAUGGAGGAAAACUGUCGGAGUUAUCAUAUUCCCUGCCCAUUCAAGGUUGAGAGGACCAGCAAACCACUUAUGGUUUUGUUCCUAAUCAAAUAUGUGAUGAUGCUGGUGGUGGGGAUCCCGUCGGUGUUCUGGGUGGGCAGUAAGAAGACCUGUUUUGAAUGGGCCAGCUUUCUCCAUGGACGCAGGUGUAAAGCCAGUGGAGUGAACGAGUCCAGACAGGUGCUGCAAGAGCAGCCAGACUUUGCCCAGUCUCUGCUACGUGAGCCAAACACCCCCGUCAUUAGGAAGUCCAGAGGGACGUCUACUCAGGGCACCUCUACACAUGCCUCCUCCACCCACUUGGCAGCUCUAGAUGACCUUGAAGAACCGGUCAGGACCCACAGACAUCCUGCAUCAUCCAGAAGCAAACCCAGCUACCAUGGCAGCCUGCGCCGCACUCGAGACAACCGAGGCACACCGGAACACAGUUUCCAUGGCAGCAUGCCCCAUCUCGACCACCCACUCUCUACUCACAGCAGCCUGCAUCAGAUAGAUGGCCACUCGAGGGGCGGCAGCCAGCAGGAUGUUUCUCAGGUGCCACCCACCCUCAUCACUCAUGGCACCACGUCAAGCGACGGCCGAGUCGCAGAAAACGACGGCACCAGUGCUUGAAGAAUCUGGGUUCCUAGAGAGUGUUUAACAAUGGCUGGUGCUAAAAAUGUGUCCUCAGCAGAAGCAGAAAUUCAGUGUUUGGGUUUUCUGGAUACAGUGCCAGUGAGUGUUGGAGGUGGUUGCCUACUGGAUGGAAACCAGCAACUGCGUAAAAGGUUGUAAAAAUAAAGAAAAAGGCUGUUGCACUUUUUUUUUUUAAACCCUGAUUCCUCCUUAUAUGUAGAUUGAACUUGUCUUUAAUUGCUAAUUGUCAACACUGCCGAGUUGCUUCUUAACAAUCUUAAACACUUUGUCCAGUCUUAGUAAAGUUCGUCUUUGGCUGCAGAGACAAAUAUGGGCCUCAUCAGGAUCGUGGACCUUUGUUUUAGUAAAAUUUUUAUACUGUGAUUGUUUUCAGCUGCUUGAAUUGUGUGUGACAGAUUCCUAAUCACCAAGCAGGAAGUUGAAAGAUUAAAUCUUGAGUUUUAUUACACAAAGGGCAGUUUCAACAACUCCAACAGUAUUUCAGUGUUUACUUUUUCUUUUACAGUUCAAAGUAUUCUAACUUCAUAUCAGACAAGACUUUGUGAAAUGAACCCCCCCCCCCCCCCCCACCCCCGACAUUAAACACAAAUUUGCCCAGAGAGACGCAGCUACAUGUUUGAGAGUAACCUACCUCACCUUGACCUUUAGCCUUUUCUUUGAUCACUCACAAAAUCAGUGUCUGACCUGACUUGACCUGUCAACUGAUACACUGGUAAUUACAUAGUAAUUCUGUAUGUUUGGGCUUCUCGUGACCAGCUGCCUUCAUAUCUGUUGUACAUAAGUGACUGUGUGAUGACUCAUCAACCUCUCUUCCUGAGUGUUUCUUGGACCUACAGCAAACCGUCUGUCACGACUGCUUCUAGAAGCAUUAACUGCUAUGAGUUUGUCUCUAAGCACAUUUGGAGGAACCUUCUGCUCUAUUUUUGCAUAAGCAGCAGCAAGCUAUAUUGUGAACUAUUGUAGCAUGAUGCUCAAAUGUUGUGGAUUUUGUUCUUGAUUUAAUUUAUUUGCAGUUUGAAACUGUAACAUUUAUACACUAAUAAACUUUUUUGCUACACUG